UUCAAUAAUUCAUGGUUCCGAAGGAUGAACUCCAAUUAUGGAAGUACAAAUGGGAAUUGACCAAGUGGUUCCUUGCUGGUCCCAUGGUUCAACUCCAAACUCUGCCACAUGGCCCGACCUCAUUUUGCCGGCCCAUGCUCUCUUUCCUUACUCUUCAAAAACCUCUCCCCAUCUCACGCUCUUUUCCUAUUCUCAUCUCACACAUCCGCUCCCAUUUCCAUCAGCAAGGGUGGCUCCACCCCUCCAUCACCAUGCAACAAUGUGUCGAUGACCUUGCUGAUGACCUUGACAACCUUAGCUUCACCUCCACAACCACUACUUCCACCACAGCCACCACCUCCACCACCGUGCCCGAAACGAAACGUAGCACGAGUUCAGGUUCUGAAGCCACAUGGACUCCCUCCAGCCUACUAUCCACCUCCACCAAGCACCACCACGCGCCUCCACGUGAUCCCUGCUGGCAUGCCAUCCAACUAGUGAAGUCUGAGAAUAAUGUGCUAACCCUUGCAGACCUGCGCUUCGUUCACCGGCUUGGCAGCGGUGACAUAGGGAGCGUUUACCUUGUGGAACUCAAGGGCGCUAGUGGGUGCUUUUUCGCUGCCAAAGUAAUGGAUAAAAAGGAGCUUAUGAGCAGAAACAAAGCAAGCAGGGCGAGAAUAGAGAGGGAAAUAUUGGAAUCAUUGGACCAUCCAUUUCUACCAACUCUUUAUGCCACAUUAGACAGUCCAAGGUGGUCUUGUCUGUUGACUGAAUUUUGCCCCGGCGGCGACCUUCAUGUUCUCCGUCAACGACAACCUCACAGACGGUUCCAUGAGACCGCAGUCCGAUUUUAUGCAUCCGAAGUUGUGGUCGCUCUAGAAUACCUACACAUGAUGGGAAUCAUCUACCGUGACCUCAAGCCAGAAAACGUCCUAGUAAGAUCGGACGGUCACAUAAUGCUCACAGAUUUCGAUCUUUCAUUAAAGAGUGAUAACCCAACAUCCACGGCUCAGCUCGUCUCCGACCAAAACACGUCCACAACGAAUUCAUCCAGUGAUCCUACGGCUGAUCCACCUCCAUUUGCCAAUUCAUCAUGCAUUUUACCCAACUGUAUAGCACCAGCCGUCUCAUGCUUACACCCUAAGAGUCGUAAACGUCGAAAAAAGUCAAUGCAUCGUGGGGACUUGGAGAUCGUGGCGGAGCCGGUGGACGUUCGUUCCAUGUCCUUCGUGGGGACGCACGAGUACUUGGCGCCGGAGAUCGUAUCGGGGGAGGGUCAUGGCAAUGCGGUGGACUGGUGGACGCUGGGGAUAUUCAUGUUUGAAAUGUUCUACGGGGUCACACCAUUUAAAGGGAUUGAUCAUGAGUUGACCCUAGCCAAUAUCGUGGCUCGAGCACUGGAGUUCCCUAAGGAACCAUCCGUGCCAGCCCCAGCGAAGGACUUGAUCGCUCAGCUUUUGGUCAAGGACCCUUCCAGGCGAAUGGGAUCAACAAUGGGUUCUACGGCAAUUAAGCAUCACCAUUUCUUCAAUGGAGUUAACUGGGCACUAUUGAGAUGUACAACACCCCCUUACACUCCUCGGCCAGUGACGCACAAGGAAUUUCUCGCAGUGGAUAACAGUACCCACAAUUCAGUUGAGUACUAUUAGCCACCAGGAAGCUUCAGUGACACAAUCCUUUAGUCUCAAUAUAUACAAAAGCUGUUGUUCAAAAUGCUCUACGUCAAAGCUUUCUAUGCCUGGAAAGGAAAGCCAAAGGAAAGCAUGCCUUGGAUACCAUAUUCCCGAGCAGAACCCACUUGUUCCCCUUUUCUCUUCUUUGCCAUUCAAAUUAUUUAAGUUUCUUUUCUUGAACAAGUGGGACUUCUGGGUCAGCUGCCCAUUUGAAUUGUGAAUAUUGAUAUUUGGCAUACAAAUUGGAAACUCAACAAGGUUGGCCCUAGGCAAUCCAAACCCAAAUUGAGAUCUUUAAUUUGUAUUACUUUUUUGUUGUAUAUGCUCUGGGAAUUUACUAGUGGUCAUAAUAUUAUAUUAUAUUCAAACAUUUUUAUUUCACAUUUUUGUCAAUAAUGUAAAGUUAAAUUAUAAUUUAG